GAAUUUCGUAUCGUACAAUAGUUGUUUUAAACCAUCGACAGUAUAAAUGAGAAAAAUAAUUAAGGAUCAGUCGAAGAGAGGGACAAGCUUGAUUUUUCCAUAUAUUUGUUUGUCUUAAAAGUAGUUAAAAGUAGUGUGAUGGGAAGUAGCUGGAGCACGUUGCUAGUGUCGAAAUCUGACACGAGCGCAGAUUCCGUAGAUCCUGCAACUGGAUUGACUAAAAAGGAGAAAGAUGGCAUCAAAUAUACAUGGGAUAUCGUCAGAAAAGACAUACCAAAGAACGGAGUCGCCCUGUUUAUCAUGUUCUUCAAAACGAAUCCCGAUCAUCAAAAGGUUUUCACUUCGUUCGCUGACGUGCCGUUGUCAGAAUUACCAAAAAAUAAGAAGCUGAUGGCCCACGCCUCUUCGGUGUUGUACUCCAUAUCCUCAUUGGUGGACUCUCUGGACGACGUGGAGUGUCUGAAGGAGAUGGUGAUAAAAAUAGCACACAACCAUCUGAGGCGUAAGGUCGACGAUAAACACUUCAGUAGUUUGGGAGAGAGUAUUAUUUCUUUUAUGGAAGAGAAAUUAGGAUCAAAGUUUACAAGUCACAAAGAAGCAUGGCAGAAAUUCUAUUCUGUCGUCGUAACAAUCGUCAAAGAAGUACAAGAAGAAGAGCACUACGAGUCAUAAAAGAAGACACAAAUCUCAUUUUUUUAAAAAAAAAUACCAUUUAAAUAAAUUAUCGUUGUUCGAUACGCAGGUUUACCUUAUUUUUAUGUAACAGUUUUUAUUUUUUUCUUUUUUUAAUAUUAAACGGGUUCGUGCCGACACACGUACAGUAUUAAAGUAUCGAUAGUAUUUUAUUAUAACUUUGUUUCUGUAGUAGUUUGCAUACGUACGAAUAAUUAAUUGUUAUUUUUAUUAAAAGAAAUAAUAAAAACAAUUAUAUUUUGUGUUUCUU